AAGAAGAAGACAACAUAAAUUUUAACAAAGAAUUAAGCAGAGACGUUUCCGAUUCUCCAGGAUGAAGUCAACCACGAAAGACGCCGGAGCACAAGCUCCUCUCCUCCCGGAGGUAGAGAAUCCGCCGGAAAAGUGUGCGUCAGUUUCCGGCGCGGUGUUCAAUGUGUCCACCAGUAUAAUUGGGGCCGGAAUCAUGUCGAUUCCGGCGACUCUGAAGGUGUUGGGUGUAAUUCCGGCUUUGGUGUUGAUUAUAGUGGUUGGCGUGUUGGUGGAUGUAUCGGUGGAGUUCAUGUUGAGGUUCACGAGUUCCGGCGAGUCCACGACGUACGCCGGCUUGAUGAGGGAGUCAUUUGGACGGUUCGGAUCGAUUGCUGUGCAGAUCUGUGUCAUGAUCACCAACCUUGGUUGUCUCAUCGUUUAUCUCAUUAUCAUUGGAGAUGUUCUCUCAGGUAAUCAGCCUGAAGGAUCUGGGCAUCUUGGUGUUCUGCAAGAAUGGUUUGGCAUUCAUUGGUGGACGUCGCGAGCCUUUGCACUCCUCUGCAUUGUUCUGUUUGUUAUGCUUCCGUUGGUCAUGUUUCGUCGUGUAGAAUCAUUGAGGUUCAGUUCAGCAGUAUCGGUUCUCCUUGCAGUGGUGUUCGUCGGCAUAUGCUCGGUGAUGGCAUUCACUGCACUCUUGAAAGGGGAAGCGAAGACCCCAAGACUUCUACCACAGUUGGACAACCAAGCCUCCUUCUUCAACCUUUUCACUGCUGUGCCUGUCGUUGUCACAGCUUUUACAUUUCAUUUUAAUAUUCAUCCUAUUGGCGCGGAGCUUGGUGAAACAUCAGACAUGAUCACAGCUGCCAGAAUCUCUCUAGCGCUUUGCGCUGCCAUCUACUUUUCUAUCGGCAUCUUUGGGUACCUUCUGUUUGGAGAUUCGAUCAUGGCCGACAUACUUGUGAAUUUUGAUCAGAGUUCCGGCUCAGCAAUCAGUUCAUUACUCGAUGACAUAGUUAGAUUAAGCUAUGCAUUCCAUCUCAUGUUGGUGUUCCCUCUUUUGAACUUCUCUUUGAGGGCCAACAUUGAUGAAUUCCUUUUCCCUAAGAAGCCUCUUUUAGCAACAAACAACAAGAGAUUUCUUUCCAUUACUUGUGUUCUGCUAGUUUUUUCUUACUUAGCAGCAAUAGCCAUCCCAAACAUAUGGUAUUUCUUUCAGUUUGUGGGAUCAACUUCUGCUGUAUGCCUUGCCUUCAUCUUCCCGGGUGCAGUUGCUCUAAGAGAUGUUCAUGGCAUAUCAACAAUAAGGGACAGGAUUGUGGCAACAGUAAUGAUUAUUCUGGCAGUUGUAACAAGCACAAUUGCGAUGUUUACCAAUAUAUAUAGUUUGAUGGGAAACAAAUCGUGAUUUUUAUUUAUUUAUUUAUUUUUUACUCUUAAAUUUUUCAUUUGAAAUUGAGUGAAUGUAUUGUGUAAUAUACAAUUUUUUUUUUUUUUUUUUGUAAUAAUAGCUGUUUAUUUCUUUU